UGAGAGGCUGGACUGAGUCAGAGCAGAAUCAGAGGUGACGGGACGAGAGACACUAACAGACCCCAGAGAGAGAGAGAGAGAGAGAGGAACAUGUUCUCAGACUGGAAUAUACUACUACUGACUACACACUACACACACCAUGGACUCUGAGUCUUUGGACCGGUGCAUCCAGACUGCUCUCUCAGCCAUCUACCCGCCUUUCCAGGCCACAUCCCCGACUGUCCUCUGUCAGGUCCUCAGCGUGGUGGAGAGCUGCUACCGAGGAGACGGCCUUCGCUACCUGAUCCACUUCCUGCUGCCUGCAAAGCAACUCUUAGCAAACCUCCAGCAAGAUGCCUGUUUGCAGUACUGUGGUCUGUUGUUCCGUCAUGAAGGCUGGCCUCUGUGCGUCCAUGAGAAGGUAGUUGUUCAGCUCUGUCCUCUGGACCAGCGCCUCCUCCGUCCAGGAGACUUCUACCUGCUGGUUUCUCCUCACGCCGCUGCUGUUCCUCCUCCUCCUCCUCCUCCUCCUCCUCCUCCGCUAGCACACGGCGCCUCCUGCAAGAGCGCCGUCGGCUCCUCCCCCCGCCUGUUGCUGUGCAGCGUGUCAGCCGGCGGCCGUCAUGUGGAGCAGCAGGAGGUGUCGGAGAUAGCCCUGCGGUCCCUCUUCAGCAUGGCCUGGCUGGACUCCGUCAACGGGGAGAGGGAGCGGCGAGGAGCGCCCCGGCUGGAGCGCUGCCUCCUGUCCUCCCACGGAGACGUCUUCAGGGUCCCCUGGGAGGACCUGGUCUACCCACAAUUCAUCAGCCGGCCCCGGACCUCCCUGAAGGAGGAUAAGGAGUCGUCCGUUAAGGAUGGAGAUGUGUUGAUUAGUACAUCACACAAUCCUAGUGGAGAUACUAACCCCUCGAGACAGGAAGUUAAGCUCCUCCAAUCAGCAGCGAGCAGCGAGGGCGAGGACUCGGAGGGCGAGUACGUGGAGCUGACGGAGCUGACGGAGCUGACGGAGCUGCCUCGCUUCUCCCCACAGAAAGGCUCCUUAACCCAGUCCAUCAGCCUGCAGCACCGGGCCAGAACCAGCACUCCUCACACCGCUAACACAGCCUCGUCCUGGCCCUGUGUGGAGGUCAGCUCCCGUACCGGACCUCCCUCCGGGCUCAUGGAGGAGAACCUCAACCAGGCCUCCUGUGGACCCGUCACCUCCUCCUCCUCUUCCUCCUCCUCCUCCUCCUCUGCUCCUCCUGAAGUCGUGGGAACCUCCAGCUGGACGUCUCAGGAGCUGAGAGGAGGUACUGAUUCAGGCAGGAGACUGAAGCUAAACACUGAACCUGAAAGCUGCACAGAGGAGGAGGAGCGAGGGAAAGAGGAGGAGGAGGAGAGAGAGCUGAUGGAGAGGCAGAAAGGGAAGCAUGAAAUGUUGGUGUUAGAUGAUGAAGGUGAGGAGGAGGAGGAGGAAGAAGAACAGCUGGAGGAUGCAGAGUGUAGGAGAGAUGAAGAUUUACUGAAUGAAAGUGAAGAGACAGAGGAAGAGUCAGAUGAGGAGGAAGAUGAGUUAGAGGAGGAGGAGGAGGUAGAGGAGGAGGAAGAUAAGGAGAUGGAGGUAGAGGAGGAGGAAGCUGAGGAGGUGGAGGUGGAGGUUGAGGUGGAGGUAGAGGUUGAGGAGGAGGUUCAGGUUACAGUUGUGCAGCAGAGUCUAGAAAGAAGGGAGGAGGAGCAAGUGAUGAGUGAAGAGGAGAGAGCAGGAGGGGAAGAAGAAGAGACGCCCUCUGAGGACUCUUAUUCUGAAAACAGUACACUACAAACGCACUCUAAAGAUUCUUAUUCUGAAAAUAAUACACUACACAAACACUCUGAGGACUCUUAUUCUGAAAACAGUACACUACAAACGCACUCUAAAGACUCUUAUUCUGAAAAUAAUACACUACACAAACACUCUGAGGACUCUUAUUCUGAAAACAGUACACUACAAACGCACUCUGAGGACUCUUAUUCUGAAAAUAAUACACUACACAAACACUCUGAGGACUCUUAUUCUGAAAAUAAUACACUACACAAACACUCUGAGGACUCUUAUUCUGAAAAUAAUACACUACCCAAACACUCCGAGGACUCUUGUUCUGAAAACGACAGACUUGGAACACACUCUAAGGACUCUUAUUCUGAAAAUAAUACACAACACAAACACACUGAGGACUCUUAUUCUGAAAACAAACUUCAAAUACACAUUGAGGACUCUUAUUCUGAAAAUAAUACACCACACAAACACACUGAGGACACUUAUUCUGAAAACGACACCAUCCAACACACUGAGGAGUCCAACACACCAGCGAUGGAUCCAGACUCACUCUGGACUGAACCUGAGGAGUCUGAAAAAGGACAGGAAAAGGAAGAAGAGGAGAAGAAGAAGGAGGAGGAUGAAGAGGAGGAUGAAGAGGCGGAGUGCAGCUGUGAGGAGGUUGGUGGAGGAAGAACCGCAGAGCUUCAGACUGAAGGCCUCAGCAGACCUUCUGGUCCCGGUCCAACAGAACCAGAACCACCAGCAUUCUCUCCACAGCUGCACCAGGCAGUCCCAGUACGGCUCACCCAGUCCUCCCGGUCCUCCCAGUCCAGUUUCUACAGUGUGCUGCUGAGCUCUGGAGCUCUCUGUCUGCCUGGAACCAGAGACCGGAGCGGUCGGGCUCUGCUGACGGUGUGCACCAGGAGCACCGUGUGGUCCAACCCGGACUGUGACAGCGCCGAGCUGCUGCGCCUCCUGCUCUACUACACCUCCACCCUCAGGAAGGAGGUGGCGGCGUUGGGGCUGACGGUGCUGGUGGACGCCCGUAGAGCUGCUCCUGUCCCCAUGAUGUUCUCCGCCCUCCGGUCCCUGCAGGACAACCUACCAGGCUCCGUCCACUCCGUGUUACUGCUGGUCAACAAGGACUCACCUCUACGUCUGGACAGACAUGCUGCCCCACAGGUGGAGGUGCUGAGCUCUCUGAAGGCGCUCCAGAAGUUGGUGGUUCUCCAGCAGCUUCCUGUGGAGUCGGGAGGUUCGUUCAGCUUCAGUCAGAUCAGCUGGCUCUGCUUCAGAUCGAGAGUGGAGCAGCUGACCAAUCAGUGUGAAGACGUCAUCAAGCUGCUGCAGAAAACCAUCAACAUCCUGCAGACCACACCUCUACCUGCUGCUGCUGAGGAUGCCGAGCUGCUGCUGUCCAGGUACCAGGCGGUGAUGCGUAGCAUCCUGGAAGACGGCCGAUUGGUGCAGCUGCAGCAGGAGGGCGGAGCCUCGCUAUCGCGGCUCCGCAGAGAGGAGGGCGCCGUCGGCACGACCGCAGACUACCGGGUGGCGGUGGAGGCGGUGGGGACGCUGUACGACAAGGUGGACGAGCUGCUGCACCGCCUGGUGACUCUGUCCAACGCCAAGACUCAGGAGCUACGCUUCAUCCUGGACUUCAGGAGCCUGGAGACGGGCUUCACCGAGGUGAAGUGUUGGCUGCAGCAGGUCGGGGAGGUCCGUCUGAAGAGUCUGGAUGAAGCAGCAGAUUCUCUGGAGCUGCUCCACAAGAAACAACAAGACUACAAAGACUUCCACACUACUGCAUACGAGUACUGUCGACGUGGCGAGGCGUUGCUGAGCGGUCUGGAGCGUUGGGGCAACGUGUCGUCAGCUGACCUGCGGGUCUACGAGGUCAAAGUUCACUCCUUCUGGGCUCAGCUCCAGAACUUCUCCCAGCGGGUCAACACCACGGGCCAGAACAUCGAGCGGGCCGUCCAGCUCUACAGCUUCUUAGACCAGGCCUAUGGCUGGGCGCUGGAGGGUAUGCGUCACCUAGCUGGCGUCAGUAUGGAGGAGUGCACGCUGCCGGACAAAUGCCAGGCCGUGAUUGGCUGCCUGGAGGACUACCGUCGCCAGCACCCGCCCAUCUCGGACGGCCGCUUCCAGGAGAUGAAGGCGGCGGCGGGCGAGCUGCGUGGCGAGCGAGGCCUCCGUCAGUGGAGCUUCGCCUGGUCCAAGUGUCAGGAGACCAAGAAGUUGUUUGACAGGAAGAUGGAAGCGGCGCUCAGGAUGCGAGACUCCGCCCAUCGGCAGCGCUCUGACUCCGCCCUCAGCAGAGGCUCCGUCUCCUCCAGGAGAACUCUGUCAGGACUCUGGGGGGUCCACGAGACCUCCUCCUCCUCCGGCCCCCCUGAGGAGGACAACAUCCCCUCCUCUCCUCCUCGUAACUCCUCCUCUUCCUCCCUCACCUCUUCCUCCCUCACCUCCUCCCCCAUCACCUCCUCCCCCAUCACCCCCCAGCACACGCCGCUCCUCCAGCGUCUGUUCCGCGGCGUCUCCUCAGAGGAGUCAUCAGACCGGGUGGAUCUCUGCUCCUCCAGUCACAGCCUCUCCCGCCUCGACUCCUCCUGCUCCUCCUCCUCCUCCUCUUCCUCCUUCUUCUCCUCCUCCUCCUCCUUCUUCUCCUCCAGCAGACGGCAGCAGCUCAGGAAGACUCAGAGCUUCGACUGCCCCCCCACCCCCGAGGCGUCACGGUUCAGCCCGUGUCCUCGCGCCCUCAGCGAGCCGGUGUGCAGAGGAAACACGGGCGUGUUCAUCCGCGGUCUGGAGGUCAGCAGCUCUGAGGCGUCCGACCACACGCUUUGCCCCAGGACGGCUGCUCACGGCUGGGCGGGGCAGGGACUACACGGGACCCCCGGGACACCCGGGACCCCCAGAACCACCGGCAGCCCGGCUACAGACCCCCGACCCAGAGGGAGUAAGCUGCGUCACGUGGUGGAGGAGAUGGUGACCACGGAGAGGGAGUACGUGCGCUCCCUGCGGUACAUCAUCCAUCAGUACUUCCCAGAGAUGGACCGGGCCGACCUGCCCCAGGACCUGAGGGGGAAACGCUCCGUGGUCUUUGGGAACCUGGAGAAGCUGCUGGACUUCCACAGUCAGUUCUUCCUCCGAGAGCUGGAAGCCUGCUGGAGGCACCCGCUGAGAGUCCCUCACUGCUUCCUGAGACACCAGGAGCAGUUCAGUCUGUACUCUCUGUACAGUAAGAACAAACCAAAGUCUGACGCUCUGCUGGCCAACCACGGGAACUCCUUCUUCAGGAGGAAGCAGGUGGAGCUGGGAGAUAAGAUGGACUUGUCGUCCUACCUGCUGAAGCCGGUCCAGAGGAUGAGUAAAUACGCUCUGCUGCUCUCUGACCUCAUGAAGGAGGUGGGGGGGGCUCAGGAGGCGGAGCUCGCCGCGCUGCAGGCCGCCACCAACAUGGUCAAGUUCCAGCUUCGCCACGGCAACGACCUGCUGGCGAUGGACGCCAUCAGAGACUGUGAUGUGAACCUGAAGGAGCAGGGUCAGCUGAUCCGUCAGGAUGAGUUCACGGUCUGGACCGGGAGGAGGAAAUGCCAGCGUCGUAUCUUCCUGUUUGAGGAACUUGUUCUGUUCAGUAAACCCAAGAAGGUGGAGGGGGGGCUGGACGUCUUCCUCUACAAACACUCCUUCAAGACGGCAGACGUGGGUCUGACGGAGACCACGGGGGACAGCGGGCUGCGCUUUGAGAUCUGGUUCCGGAGGAGGACGUCCAAGAACCAGACCUUCAUCCUUCAGGCCGCCACGGCAGACGUCAAACACGCCUGGACCACCGGCGUCGCCCGCAUCCUCUGGACCCAGGCCACCAGGAACAAAGAGAUGCGUCUGAAGGAGAUGGUGUCGAUGGGAGUCGGGAACAAGCCGUUUCUGGACAUCCAGCCGAGCGACGCCGCCAUCAGCGACCGCGCCGUUCACUACAUCAUGAAGAGCAGAGGUGCCAGAACGCGGGCGUCCAUCGCCGUCUCCGUCUUCGACCACUCUGACCCUUUUAAACGAGGACUGCUGACCUCUGACCCCGCGGCAUCGGGGCCAUCUUCAUCCGGCCUGCUGGGACCGCUCAACCUGCACAUGUACAGUCAGAACCUCUCCUCCUCUCCUGCUGCUGAGAGCUCCUUCAUCACUUCUUGUAUCGAGGAAGACGAGCAAGAGCACGAGACCAGCAGCCAGCCCUCCAUGACCACAGAGAGUUCCGGCUCGUCGUCUCGCUGUCUCUCCGGCUCCACCGGCUCCGACAGCGGCUGCGUCUCCUCCCACCUGCAGGAGGCGCUGCCGGAGGAGCCCAACCCCCCCCGCCAGCCUUCCUCCUCCUCCUCAUCCUCCUUCUCCUCCAACAAACAGCACCUCAACAGCCAAUACAUUUCACCUAAAGCAGGUCCAGUUAUCAGCCCGGCGACCAUCGUGUGAUCAGCUGACCUGAUGGACUCGACUGUGGGUCUGCGUCCUGCCGUCUUCAGUGUCCUGACAGUUGGACUGUUCCUGUUAGACUUGGUUCAGAUUAGAUGUAGUUGUAUUUAUGUCCAGUAGUCUGAUGUGUAAAUAUGAACCGUUAGAGUUGAUCUGCUGUAGCUGCUCUCUGUUGGUGUUGUUGUUCUCUGAUCCAGAGUCUGUCUGUGAGGACGGAGCUGGUCCAGGAUCAGAGCUGGACCAGGAUCAGAGCUGGUCCAGGAUCAGAGCUGGUCCAGGAUCAGCUGGACUAACUGUACAUGUGUGUAAAUAAAUGUCACUUUUUGUUACUUGAAUAAUAAACAUGAGUUUGUUAAAACUGA